AUAAAAUUUUUAACAUAAUUUAUUUCUAAAGUAAAAACAACAAUUUUAGAUUCUUAUAUUCUACUCUAUGAUAAUUUAAAAUUUUUACACUCUUCAGUUAAAGUAUAUUAUUCCAAACUGUGAUUUAGCAUUUGAUUCUCAUUUAUUCCAAGCCAUUUAUUUUUCUACAAGUUAUUAUUCUGACAGUUAAAAAAAUAAUUCCCAUUCUAAUUAUGAAAUCUGUCAAACUAUCUGACUUACGUGGACUCAGAUCCAUGAGCAUUGAUAAAGAUAUGAUUGAUGAUGUGAUAAAGUUUGAAAAGGAUCUACCUAUUCCAGAAGUGCCUCCUGGUGGUGCAAGAGUCAAAGUAUGUUAUGCUGGUGCUUGUUAUUUCCAAGAUGAACAUAAGAACAACCCACCACCUAGUCCUGUAAAUGUUAAAGGAAUCAAGGAUACUUCCUUAUUCUCUGGUUUCGAAGUUUCUGGCCUGAUUGAUGAGUUGAGUGAAACUUGUUCAAAGGAAAAGGGAUUUAAAGUUGGAGAUAGGGUCAUUAUAUACCCUUACCCUGGCCUUACUAUAUCUGGUUACUCGGAAUAUGUGGCGGUGCACGAUGUGCGAUAUCUGAUAAAGGUCCAGGACAAUGUUCCCCUCGAUGUGGCUGCCAUGCUUCCAGCUGGAGGACUUGCCGCCGAGUCAGCCAUCAUCAAGGCCCGACCCUUCAUUGAAAAUAUGCUUCUCUCUCAGGAUAAACUGACGAUAAUAAUAGUCGGUUCUGGAGGCUUGGCACUGUGGACACUUAAAUUCGCUAAAUACAUGGCUGAAAAGGAUAAUAUAGCUAAGGACAAAAUUCGUAUAGUCAUUGCUUGCACUAAUGAAGCCGGUCUCUUAACUGCUCUGGAUGAGGGCUGUCAUGACGUAGUGCAUUGGAACGAAGGAGAAUUUGAGCAGAAUCUGCUUCAGCGCACGCGAAACGUAUGCCUUGGUUAUGCCAACAUCAUCAUAGACUUUGUGAGCUCCCACCGCACUGUCCAAAGGUCCUUGAGGUGCUUGGCAGAUGGCGGAGUCUUGUUUGUGGGUGGUCUUUCCGGGGCCGACGUUCGUAUUCCAUUGCGCCCUCUAGCUGUGCAUAGUCAUAGCAUAGUGGGGGUUGGUCGGGGAACUGAGGAACAGCUAGCAGGCUUAGUAACUAAAGUAUCUCAAGGAAUAAUUGUCCCUCCUCCUUUCACUGUUUUCCCCAUAGAAAAGGCUGGCGAAGUUGUGAGAAGGCUCAGCCAUGGCGAGAUCAAAGGGCGUGCCGUACUCAAGGUUUGAUCUUUAUUAAGAUUUUACUCCUUUCAAACUCAUCAACAAAGCAUACCGCCGGUAAAAAUACUCAUCGUAUUAUAAUUAGAUGCUAACUUAAACGUCGAGUUUUAAAAAAAAAUAUCAAAAUCACACUUUUUCAGAUAGUUAAAAUUUUUUUUAUCAAAUUAUUUAUACAUAUUAUUUAUAUUAAAUUAGAUGAAAUUUGUUAUGCCCUACAAUAUUACUUUCCCACAAUAAAAUUUAUUAAUUUUUAUAAUUUAUAGUAUAUUAAAAUAAUCCCAAAUUUAAUUUUACUUUAUAUUGUUAUUUUUAUAUUUUAAUUAAACAUGAUCUAAAGUCAAAAAUGAUAUUUAAUAUAUUAGACAGUAUACU